CGUCCGACUGCCCCUCGGCGCUCCAGCGCCAGUCGCCGUGUCACCGCAGCCGCUUCGGAGCUUCAUUCCCCUGCCGCAGCCGAGGGUCGGCCUGUCCCUGACCCCUGACUAGAGCCAGUCCCUUACCCUGACGAGAGCUAGCCCCUUCUCCUGACAGAGGCUAGUCCCUUCCUCGGACUGGGGCCAGCUGGGUCCCUUGACUACGGCCAGCCCUGUCUCCGAACUGAAAUCAGCCUGCCCCUGACUGGAAUCAGCCGGGUCCCCCGACUUCGUCCCUCGACUGCGGCCAGCCCUGCGCCCCACCCCGCUCCGGCCUCCCCCACGAACGGCCAAGUCGCUGUUCUCGGGGCCAGCCUCCGCAGCCGGCUUCCCAGCCUGUGGUGCCUGCCGUCCUAGGUUGUGGUCUCUGGCCCAUCCUCGGUUUCACACAGCCCUACUUCCAUCUCUAGCCCGGACGUCUCAGACACCAGAAGAAAUAGAAAGACUGACUGUUGAUGAAGACCUCAGUGAUAUUGACAGGGCUGUUUAUCUGCUCAGUGCUGGUCAAGAUAUCCAAGGAGCAAGUGUGAUUGCAAACCUUCCAAUUUUGAUGCGACAGAAUCCUACUGAGACACUUCGGAGAGUCUUACCCAAAGUCAGAGUAAGUUGGAAGUCCUGCAUGUUGCGAGCGUGGAAAUGCAGCUAACAGCUGCCGUGUCCUUUCUGGCCAUUCUUCAGGAAGAAUCAAUGUCAGUCCACACCUUUGCACACUCCUUCCUACAAGUCAUUCUCCUGCACCUGGAGCACAGAGAUACAGGUGUCAGCAAUGCAUGGCUGGAAACACUUCUCUCUGCAGUAGAAUUAUUGCCAAAGGAAACCCUGAGGCAUGAGAUUCUGAAUCCACUUGUUUCCAAGGCACAGCUUUCCCAAACUGUCCAGUCGCGUUUAGUUAGCUGUAAAAUUUUAGGAAAAUUAACCAACAAAUUUGAUGCCCAUAGCAUUAAAAGAGAAAUACUUCCCCUGGUAAAAUCUCUCUGUCAAGAUGUGGAAUAUGAAGUUCGAUCUUGUAUGUGUCGUCAGUUAGAAAACAUAGCUCAGGGCAUUGGGACAGAACUGACAAAGAGUGCGGUGCUUCCCGAAUUAAUAGAGCUCUCCAGGGACGAGAGUGGCAGUGUGCGUCUUGCUGCCUUUGAGACCUUGGUUAACAUGCUUGACAUGUUUGAUGCAGAUGACAGAAGUCAAACUAUACUUCCCUUAGUGAAAUCAUUCUGUGAAAAGUCUUUCAAAGCAGAUGAAUCAAUUCUGAUUUCUUUAUCGUUUCAUUUAGGAAAGCUAUGCCAUGGACUCUAUGGAAUUUUCACUCCAGAUCAGCACUUAAGAUUUUUGGAGUUUUAUAAGAAACUUUGUACACUGGGAUUACAACAAGAAAAUGGCCAUAAUGAAAACCAGAUCCCAUCCCAAAUCGUAGAGCAGGAGAAGAAAUAUACUUCAGUACGAAAGAACUGUGCUUACAACUUUCCGGCCAUGAUUGUUUUUGUUGAUCCUAAAAACUUCCACAUGGAACUCUAUUCUACAUUCUUCUGCCUUUGUCAUGACCCCGAGGUACCAGUCAGAUACACUAUUGCUAUUUGCUUUUAUGAAGUAUCUAAACUUCUGAGUUCUGGAGUACAUUUAAUACACAAAGAACUGCUAACAUUGUUACAAGAUGAGUCACUGGAGGUUCUAGAUGCUCUUAUAAAUAACCUUCCAGAAAUCUUGGAACUUAUGUCUACUGGUGGAGAAAGCAGUGUUCAAGAAAAUAAGUUUUCCUCACUGCCAGACCUGAUUCCAGCACUCACGGCUGCUGAGCAGCGAGCUGCUGCCUCUCUGAAGUGGAGGACCCAUGAGAAGCUGCUGCAGAAAUAUACCUGUCUGCCUCAUAUCAUAUCGAGUGACCAGAUUUAUUACCGUUUCUUACAAAGAAUGUUCACCAUCAUGAUGACAAAUAACGUCUUACCUGUCCAAAGGGCAGCGGCACGAACUCUGUGCAUCUUUCUACGCUAUAAUCGUAAACAAGAGCAGAGGCACGAAGUCAUCCAAAAGUUAAUUGAACAGUUGGGCCAAGGAAAAAGUUAUUGGAAUAGACUUCGCUUUUUGGAUACUUGUGAAUUUAUCAUAGAGAUAUUUUCCAGAUCAUUUUUCUGCAAAUAUUUCUUCCUACCUGUUAUUGAACUAACCCAUGACCCAGUGGCAAAUGUGAGAAUGAAACUUUGCUACCUGCUGCCCAAAGUGAAGUCAGCUUUGAAGAUUCCUGCAGACAUGCAUCUCCUCCAGCAGUUAGAAAUGUGUGUGAGAAAACUCCUGUGUCAAGAAAAAGAUAAAGAUGUCCUGGCUAUUGUGAAGAAAACAGUAUUAGAGUUGGACAGAAUGGAGAUGUCUAUGGAUAUGUUCCAGAAAAAAAAUUAUGAGAAAGAUUUGUUGGAUCAAGAGAAAGAAAGAGAAGAACUGCUGUUUUUGGAAAUGGAACAGCUAGAGAAGGAUAAGCAUCAGAGUGACGGGAGAUUGGCCAGUGACAAAAGCUUGGAGAAGAAACGCAGAGACUCCAGGACACCAAUGCAGAGCCUGUCUAAGAGCAUGCCCAUUUCUGUUCCUGGACCCUCCUCUAGCACCCCAUCAACAAGCAAAGAAAUCAAGAAAUCCAAAUUGACUCGAAGCCAAUCUUUUAAUAAUCAAGCUUUUCAUGCAAAAUAUGGUACCUUAGACAAGUGUGCUAGUAAAAGUUCCACCUUAGCCCACACGUCUUCCGUGUCAGGGCUGGUGAGGACGGCCAUGCUGUCACUAACUGAUGACUCCUUCCGGACUCUCAAUACCAGUAGUGUUCCAGCUUCCUUUUCUCCUAACACUGUCUUGCCCAGUACUUCCCGUGGGCCAGGUAACCCAGCUGAUCCAAAGAACAGUGGAAGUAAAGAUGCACAGCCCCGGAAGGCUACCUUAAAAUCCAGAAAAUCCAAUCCUUAAGUCAACUGCUUGGUGAAGGAGACAAGCAGUCAGUGGAGAUUCUGAUGGUGGAAAAGCUACAGCGACGGACGGCCAGGCUUGUUAAAGUGUGGAAUGGAGGAAGGAACAUCGUGCAGCUGAUGUGAAACUUGCCCUAUUUGGAAUUAGAUUUCCCUAGGAGGUAUGACAUGCGUUUUAACGUAGGCUCUGAAUCCCAGUGUUCCAGUGCAGUGUAAUGAGCUCCAACUUGGUGUGUACUGCCUGCUGGACUGUAAGAGAUGUGCCUGUCUUUAUGUGAGGGGCUGGCUUUUGUUAUACUAAGUUGUAGCAUUUAGGCAUCCCUUGGCAGUCUAAAUUAGCCUGCUUGUCUAAAUUGACUCCUGGUAACUACUUGGGCUAGGACACAGGAGGUAAGGAAGGCACCGGAUUUCCUAUGAGCUCUCUACUCAGAGCAGAAAAGUCAAAGUGAGCAGCUGUCUGUGGGCCUGUGGGUCCUGGAUUCUGUGAUGGUAUCAGCAGCUGGAAGACCCCAGUCUAGAUUCAGUAAUGAAAAUCUGCAAAAAUUUGGGAAAACUUUAGCUACAAAUACCUUAAAAAUGAUAGAUUGAUGAUUUCCUCAAUUCCUAGAAUUUCUUUUAUAAAUGCUCUGUUUACAUUUUAGAUUGUAUCUAUCCUUAAUGUCAGAUGAUGAACCCACUCUGAGUCAGCUGUGAUCCCAGCUGUCCUGCUCACGCCAUGUCAACAGCACCCAUUUGUACUAAUGCUAAUAGUUCCAUGCAAAUGCCUGUGGAGCACACACUGUCCUUAACUCUAAGAUGCCAUUUCCUGACACAGAGUGGAUGAAGCUAUUGUCAGCUUCUCUAUUUCAAAUGCAGUCAGCAUAUGUCUAUAUUGGUAUUAGAAAAUACUUGUUUUUUAAAGAUAUAUUGAUGUAUGAUAAAGAUGAUCUAAUUUGUGAAUGCAUAUGUGUGCGUGGUUACUUUUUAUAAUGUGAAAUGGAUAAUGAGCUUAUUUAAAAUAAAGCAGAGGUUAAUGAGAUA